AUGGCAGCAGAAAUUGUGAGCGUGACGAUGGGUGUGGUUAACCCCCUCAUCGGCAAGCUCACUGAGCUACUUGGUGAGGAGUACAGAAAGCUCACCGGGGUGAGAAGGCAGGUCAUGUUUCUCAAGGAUGAGCUCAGCAGCAUGAAAGCUCUCCUUGACAAGCUAGAGCUUGUAGAUAAGCUUGAUCCUCAGGCUAAGGACUGGCGGGAUCAUGUUAGGGAGAUGUCCUAUGACAUGGAGAAUUGCAUCGACGACUUCAUGCAUGAUCUUGAAGGCGCUGAUGGCAAGAAAGGCUUUGUCAGGAAGAUGGCUCAGCGUCUUAGGAGGCUGGGGAGGCGUCAUCAGAUUGCCAACCAGAUCGAGGAGCUCAAGAUUCAUGCAAUCGAGGAAAAUGCCCGAUGCCAGAGGUACAAUAUUGAUGAUUCCAUACAUUCAAGUUCAACUGUUGUUGCUGUAGAUCCCCGGAUACCAAGCAGGGGAGGGGAACAACCAGCAGCAGAAGAGGGUGGUGGACUGGCCGCCACCCGCAUGUACUACGCCGUCGCGCUCUUCUUUAGGUUCGAUACGCCCUGGCAUGGCUCACCUGCCUUCGUGCUCUUCUGCAGGUCAUUGAGCGCGGCGCAGGAGCGGAGGACGCUGAGCGCAUGGCUCGAGAGCGGCGGGUCGGCGCGGUUGUAG